AUGCCACAAAAUCAAAACGAUGAGGUGCAGGCACUCACAGCGCUCAUGCCUUGGUUGAAGCGGGAGGAGGCCUUGGAACUGUUAAAAAACUACGGUGGGAGUGCAGAGAGUGUCAUGCGUCUUCUCGAAGAGACGGCCAACGACCAUUGGGAGUCGCAGGCGUCAUCGUCGUCACAUGAGGGACAGCGAGCAGGGGCAAGCGACGCAACUGGCAAGAAGAAGGCCGAAAAACAUUUUGUUGGUGGUGGUCCGUCAUCUGGACAGGUGGUGCUUGGCGGUGAUGGUGAGGUAGAGAGCGUCAUCGAGUCGCUUUUUAAAAAGGUUCGUCAGCAGCCGGGUGAGGAGGACACUGAGAAGCCUCAGUUUUUCUUUGGCCGUGGACGACGCCUUGGACACACAACCUCAGAAAGCCCAUUCAUUGAGUCUACACUGCAGCAACGACGGGACAUUGUGGUCACGGUUUAUCGUGACUGCUAUCGCGUUGACGAUGGACCGCGAAUACAGAAGGCAGGCCCCGAGGGUAUAGCCUUUUUUAAGGCGCUCGAAGCAGGCGUGGUACCUGGAAGCAUUGCGGCAAUUUACCCUAAUACAAAUAUCUCUGUGCGAUUGGUUGACUGUACUAAACGUGACGCUCCGUUGUCAUUUUUGCCCUUUGGCGGCGAGGGUCACAGACUCGAUGCCACAGCGUCAACAGCCGCGGCAGUCUCACCCUCCGUGACGCAACCCAUAGGGGGUGCCAGCCCUGUUGCGAUGAGCGACAGUUUUGAGCUUCACGAAGACGAUGAAACGACAAAGCUGGCAAUUGUGAAUUUUCUGGGGGAACGCAAGGAAUUUAGGGUGAACCCUAAGCGCCACACCAUCAGCGACGUUUUCUUUUUGGCGGCGCGGCACGCCCAGCCGGGCGCGGCGUCUUUUCAGCUUGUUGCCCGUGAAGUUCCCCCGCGCCCCUUGACGGAUGGCUCUCUGACUAUUGACGCCGCUAAACUGCGGAAUGCCACGGUAAUGAUGCGCCGCUGCUGA